AAACCUGAUAACGUGGCGCACAUAGACACAGCUUAGUGGCAGAGAUUUCCGUAGACAGUUGCCAUCUGAUUUUUGAGCAAAACACACGGAGGAUGCUGUCGUCUCACAACUUGGCCAUUAUCUUGGCUUUGCUAUUUGGCCACCUGCAAAUCCAGUCCAUGGUGGGAGCUCGGGUGACCAGCCAAGUACAUCGUCGUCCCAAUGCCACGCUCUUUACGCCAGCCCUCACGCACGGGGGCACGUACAAUCAGUCGGCAUAUCGGCCGGUUGUCACCAAUUUCACCCGAGCCGCCGUUGCGCCCAACUUGUUUGCCCCUGCUAAGAACUACCAACCUGCUUUCCAAGCUCCAUCGCCGACUCAGAACCGGACGUUGUUGCAGCACACCCAUAACCAAGGUGUUUACGGUGCCACAGGACCAGUCGGAGUGCCUGCACAAACCGGGUACGUUUCAAAUGGUUGGGUAGUCAGCAACUAUUCGCAGCCAGCUGGCUGGUUCCUGCCCAAUACCCCGGCAGUAGUUGGGCUCGGCAGCCAUGGAAAUGGAACCUUCUACCCAACAAGCAACCAGACAGCCGUCAGUGGGCGUGGAAAGAGCAACAAUCCGUAUGCAAAUCUCUCCAUUUGAGCACCGAUGAUGCCCCCCUCCUGCCAGUUGCCAAAGAUCCCAUCAUCCCAAUGAUAACACACGGCUGACUUUCAUUUUUUCAAACAACAAUUUAUUGCGCAGUCGAGCUGCUCGCAAUCGAAUCAUCGGUAUAUAGUGGGGUUGCUCUCCGGUAUUCCAGAAGUGUUUAAUAAAUGUGUAUACAAAUGA